AAACUUCCUUUGCCUUCAACAACUCUUUUCAUCCCUUUCCUCUUGAAGCCUUCCAUGGAAAGAAGAAAGCCUAACACAAGCAUAGAAGAAUUGGAUUUCGUGAAAGCCACGGCAUGGACGUGGUACCAACAAGGAUCAGGCUCAUUGGAAGGGAAACCGGUUCGUGAAUUCAAUCUCAUGAGGACAUGGAGAGCCCCGGGACCGUCUCGAUACAAGCUAGAAGGGGCAAGGAUGGCCGAUGAACACACGCCGGAAGGAUCAUCAUCAUCAUCAUCAUUAUCAUCAAGGUCACCAAGCAUAAGUUUAAGUCCAUCUCACAUAAACAAUUCUCUACUUGAUCCAUAUGAAGUUGGGAGGAUCUCUAAGCAUCUUGAGUAUCUCUUAAAGUCUAAUAGUGGUAACUAUUAUAGCGAUUCUUAUGCCGGAAAUCGACAUGGGUCGUCAUCGCCGGAGAAUAGGAAGAACAAGAAGAAGAAGAAGAGCAAGAGAUUGAUUAAUAUUGGGUUGUUGGUAAGGCAGAGAGGGAUAUGUGGUUCAAGGGGAGAUGUGGUGGAAGGAAUAAUGCUUGGUGGGAGAAGGUUUCCACAGUAUGGUUCGGUCAAUAUUGGAUUGGCCACCAAGUGCCGGCCAAGAGCCAAAGAUGGCGAGUGAAGUGAAUUAUUGGUAUGUUUUGGUUUGCUUGUUGUCGUCUCCUUAUGGCUAAAUUUUGUAUGUAAAUAAUAAGAAUGAUGGCUUUUGCUAUACUUGUUUGUAUCUCCUUGAGCUACCUGACAUUAUAUGA